AUGGCAGACUAUACACAUCUUGCGAUCCCCGCGACGGAGUGGAAGACAUUUGAGGAGGCAAACCCUCCUCCCACCUUACCAGCAGAGACGACGCUAGAGCAUCGAAGGAAGUUGUUCAAUGAUACCCGCGAGCAGCUAUUCAAGAGUGUUCUCGGCCCAGUUGAAAACGUAACAUCUGAGGACGUCUUCAUAUCCACAUCGGGUUCGCACAAAAUACCGGUCAGGAUCUAUCGUCCUACUGAUGCUGCUGGGAGGCUGCCUCUAUAUAUACAUCUUCACGGUGGUGGCUUUCACUUAGGCAAUCUAGAAACGGAAGAUACAAGCUGCCGUCUGAUCUCCUUGCGCACCAACUCCAUUGUUGCAAAUGUCAACUAUCGCCAUGCCCCUGAGUGGACCUUCCCCACUCCUAACGAAGAUGUCUGGGAUGCUCUAAACUGGAUAUUGGAUUCUGCCAAUACAUACGGCAUCGAUAAUGACAAAGUCAUUAUUGGAGGGACAAGCGCCGGCGCUUCUUUGGCAUGCGCGACGGCAUUGCGAGAUCUGGAAAACCAAGGAACGCGCAUCAAGGGUGUGAUACUCACCAUUCCUCCCACUGUUCAUGAGCAACUCUUCCCACGUGAACUCGUCAAGAAUGGAUAUAGCUCGCUGGAACAGAACGCAGAAGCUCCAAUCUUGCCAAUAUCCAGAUACCGGGCGUUUAUAGACAUGUACAAGCCUGAGCCUGGACACCGUUACUUUUCGCCUCUCAUAGCAUCAGAUGAUCUCUUUCGUGGCUUCCCGCCAACGUGCUUUCACAUUGCAGGCUUAGAUCCGUUGCGUGACGAGGGUUUGCUAUUAGAAGAGAAGCUUAGGGGAGUAGGUGUUACAACGAGGCUUGAAGUCUACCCAGGUUUUCCUCAUGGAUUCAUGGGCUUCCCACAACUGAGAGAGAGCGAGAAAUGGAGAGAACAUCUCUGCCGAGAUAUUAAGUGGCUGAAGGUACUUUAGGAUACUUGAAAUAGAACUUCCAAUAUAUGUCUGUAGCUAGGCUAGAAGAACUCAACUCGAACAAAUUCAUUUCUUCUAGCACCACCCUGGGUAACAGCACAAUGCGGAGUCAUGUUGAUGCUGAAGACCUGUUCAGAAACAAGUCAUGACAACAUAGGGCUAGAAAAUAGAGAUCUAGAGUAGUAUAAACAUUGACAUACUUUCUCGCGACACUCGUCGGUGAAUUCUGCGGUCGGAUGAUGGCCGC